UACCAUUGUCCCCCUUAUCCCUGGGGCUGAAAGGACAUGUGCACAAACGCCGGGUUUGUUUUAUUCUCAACCAACCACAGGACGGUCAUUUCCCUGCAGAAUAACUGGCUUGAGGAAGAAAAGACAGAAAACAAAACAAGUACAUCAUGUGCAGCGUGGCCUGACGACACCCCUUUUCAGAAGCUGGCCUGGGUUAAGAACUCUUGAGAGUAGGCACCAGUUUAAGGGAUAAAUGAAGUGGCAGUAAAGAAAUUUCAAUCGCUGCCUUAGGCGAAAAAAGAACUGCUUUGAAAGUGUUUCCCGAGUACUUCCUCUGAUUCUUCUGACAGCUAACAUGCACAGCAAACAGAAAAGUGUCUAUCAACAGACUCAAGCACUUCUGUGCAAAAAUCUUCUUAAGAAAUGGAGGGUGAAAAGAGAGAGCUUCUUGGAAUGGGCGUUCCCAAUACUUCUAGGACUGUUUAUGGGCUUAUUUUCCUAUGUAACGUACAAUAGCCAGUUUCCUGAAAUGCCUCCUCAGGACCUGGGAAGGGUAGAUAAAUUUAAUAACUCGAAUAUAGUUGUUGUGUAUACACCGAUCUCUAAUAUAACCAUGCAGAUCAUGAAUAAAACGGCAUUUGCUCCCUUUUUGAAAGGAACAAAAGUCAUUGGAGUACCAAAUCAAAAUGCCAUGGACAAAAUACUUGUGGAUUACAUCAUUGUACAGGCAGUGGGAAUCGUCUUUAAUGACGCUUUCUUUUAUAAAUUAAAAUUUCUUCAGGGAUUUGACGUUCCAUUUUUGACAGAACAUCAUCUUUCAGCGCAUUGCUGGGCUAUAGAAAAUGGGUCAAGAUGUUCACUGGCCAAAUACUGGUACUCAGGAUUUGUGGCUUUACAAACCGCCAUUAAUGCUGCUAUUAUAGAAAUCACGACAGGUCACUCUGUGAUGGACGAGUUGAUGUCAGUCACUGCUGUAAACAUGAAGACAUUACCUUUUAUUUCUAAAGGCAUGCUUCAAAAUGAGAUGUUUACCUUCUUCUUACUGAUUUACUUCUCCUCGUUUAUAUAUUUUGCAUCAUUCAACAUUACAAAAGAGAGAAAAAAGUAUAAGGAUUUGAUGAAAGUGAUGGGUCUACAAGAUUCAGCAUUCUGGCUCUCCUGGGGUUUAAUCUAUGCUGGCUUCAUCUUCAUCAUUUCCAUAUUCAUUACAAUUAUCAUAACAUCUACCCAGACUGUAGUCAUGACGGGCUUCAUGGUCAUGUUCACACUCUUUUUCUUAUAUGGCUUGUCCCUGAUACAUUUAGCAUUCCUGGUGAGCGUGUUAAUCAAGAGGACGGCCCUCACCAACCUGGCCGUGUUUCUUCUCACCCUCCUUUUUGGGGGUGUGGGACUCUCUACAUUUCACAGACAACUUCCUUUACCUUUGGAGUGGAUUUUGAGUAUUUUCAGCCCUUUUGCCUUCACUGCUGGAAUGGCCCAGAUUAUCCGCCUGGAUUAUAAUAUGAAUGGUGUAACUUUUCCUGACCCAUCGGGAGACUCAUAUGUCAUGAUAGCAACUUUUUUCGUAUUGGCUUUUGAUGUUUUUUUGUACUUGGUAUUGGCAUUAUACUUUGACAAAAUCUUACCCUAUGGAAACGAGUCCCGUUAUUCUGCAUUAUUUUUUCUGAACUCAUCGUCUCGUUUCCAACACCGAAGGACUAAUAAGGUCAUUGAGAAAGAGACAGAUCCUGAGCAUCCCUCUGACGAUUAUUUUGAACCAAUAGCUCCAGAAUUCCAAGGAAAGGAGGCCAUCAGAAUCAGAAAUGUUAAAAAAGAGUAUAAAAAAAAGUCUGGAAAAGUGGAAGCAUUGAAAGGCUUGUUCUUUGACAUAUAUGAAGGUCAAAUCACAGCAAUUCUGGGUCAGAGUGAAGCUGGCAAAUCUUCGUUGCUAAACAUCCUUAAUGGGUUGUCUGUUCCAACAGAAGGGUCUGUUACCAUCUACAAUAAAAAUCUCUCUGAAAUGCAAGACUUGGAGGAAAUCAGAAAGAUAACUGGCAUUUGUCCUCAAUUCAGUGUUCAAUUCGACAUACUUACUGUGAAGGAAAACCUCAGGCUGUUUGCAAAAAUCAAAGGGAUUCAGCCACAGGAAGUGGAUCAAGAGGUACAAAGAAUUUUAUUGGAGUUGGACAUACAAAAUAUUCAGGAUAACCUUGCUCAACAUUUAAGUGAAGGACAGAAAAGAAAGCUGACCUUUGGGAUUGCCAUUUUAGGAGAUCCUCAGGUUUUGCUAUUAGAUGAACCAACUGCUGGAUUGGAUUCCUUUUCAAGGCAGCGAGUGUGGAGCUUCCUCAAGGAGCACAAAGCAGACCGAGUGAUCCUCUUGAGUACCAAUUUCAUGGACGAGGCUGACAUCCUGGCUGAUCGAAAAGUGAUCAUGUCCAAAGGGAGACUGAAGUGUGCCGGCUCUUCUGCCUUUUUGAAAAGAAAAUGGGGUCUUGGAUAUCACUUAAGUUUGUACAGAAAUGAAAUAUGUGAUCCAGAAAAAAUAACAUCCUUCAUUAAACAUCACAUCCCGGAUGCCAAAUUAAAAACAGAAAGCAAAGAAAAGCUUGUGUAUACUUUGCCUGUGGAAAGGACAGAUAAAUUUCCAGACCUUUUUAGUGAUCUUGAUAAGGUUUCUGACCAGGGAAUGAUGAGUUACGACAUCUCUGUGUCAACCCUGAGUGACGUCUUCAUGCAAGUGGAAGGAAUAUCAGCUAUCGACCAAGGAGAAAACUGUGGUGAUCCAAGAAUGUCAUUAAUAAUUUGUGUAUGUGUGUGUGCACCUGCUGGAUGCGUGCAUGUUUAUUUUGAACAAGCAGAGAUGUGGAGAGACACAGAAAGCCUACGUGAGAUGGAGCCAGCUCCUUCUGUCCCCAGAACUCAGAAGACCAUGAGUGACUUGGAACUCUGGAGAAUGCAGAUCUGCGCAAUAGCGCGGCUUCGUUUCUUAAAGUUAAAACGUGGAAAGAGAGAGCUUUUGACCCUACUGUUGGUAUUUGGAAUUGCAUUGUUCCCAAUGAUUGUGGAAGUGAUAUUUGAUGUUGUACUAGUUGAAAAGAAUGAUUGGGAAUUUAAACCUGAAUUGUAUUUCCUCUCUCCUGGACAACUUUCCCAAGACCCUCUCACCAGCCUAUUGAUCAUCAAUAACACAGAAUCAAAUAUUGAAGAUUUUGUACAGUCACUGAAGCAUCAAAAUAUACUCUUGGAAGUAGAUGACUUUAUAAACAGAAAGAGCCCUGAUGACCUGUCAUACCUGUCAUACAAUGGAGCUAUCGAAGUCUCUGGGAAACAAAAGGAUUAUAGGUUCUCAGUUGUAUGCAAUACUAAGAAACUGCACUGUUUUCCUAUCCUGAUGAAUAUUAUCAGCAACGGGCUGCUUCGAAUGUUUAACCAUACACAGCAGAUUCGAACUGCGAGAAGCUCAUUUCCUUUAAAUUUUGUGCUAUUCUGGACUGGGCUUCCAGAAGGCUCCAUGUUCAUAUAUUUCGUCACCUGCAACAUUUUUCCUUACUUCGCCAUGAGCAGUGUCAGCGAUUACAGAAAGAGAACCAAGUCCCAGCUAUGGAUUUCGGGCCUCUACCCUUCGGCCUACUGGUGCGGGCAGGCCCUGGUGGACAGUAACUUCUUUGCUAUCAUUCUGUUUGCAACCCAUUUAAUUUUCUACUUGAGAAACAUAACGGACCUUUAUAUCACAAGUGAAAUGGUGUUCACAUUGGUUGUAGUGACGCUUGGUUAUGCAGCCUCUCUUGUCCUUUUGAUGUAUGUGAUAUCGUUUAUUUUUCGCAAGAAGAGAAAAAAUAGUUGUUUUUGGUCAUUUUGCUUCUAUAUUACCUCAGCCAUCUUGUUAGAGAAUAUGAUAUAUGAGAUAAAGCCAUCUACCUUGGUUUUGGGCAUGAUAUUUUUUCCCUCAUUCACCUUGGUUGGAUUUCUAUCUUUUUGGGCAGAGAGACGCUUCAAGCACCAAAUAAAAUAUCACGACCCAUAUUUUGACCUGAGUGGAAUUGAUGUUCUAAUAUGCCUAAUACCUUACUUUCAGGCUCUGCUGUUCAUUCUCAUUCUAAGAUGCCUGGAAAGAAAGUGUGGCCAGACAGUCAUGCGAAAGGAUCCUGUUUUCAGAAUUUCUCCCCAAAGAAGAGCAACUCGGCCAAAUCCAGAGGAAGCUGUCGAUGAAGAUGAAGAUGUUCGAGCAGAAAGAAGGAGAACAGCAGCCGCCCUGACCACUUCUGGCUUAGAGGAGAAACCUGUCAUCAUUGCCAGCUGUCUGCACAAGGAAUAUACCUGCCAGAAGAAAAACUGCUUUUCAAAAAAGAGGAAGAAAGCAACACCAAGAAAUAUCUCCUUCUGUGUUAAAAAAGGUGAAAUACUGGGAUUGCUGGGACCCAAUGGCGCUGGUAAAAGUUCAUCUAUUAGGAUGAUAGCAGGAGCCAUGAAGCCAACAGCCGGAGAGGUGGAACUGAAAGGAUGUAGCUCAGCUUGGAAUCCUUGGGGAGAAGGCACAGUCACGUCCCUGGGGUACUGUCCUCAGGAGAACGCUCUGUGGCCCAACCUGACGUUGAGGGAGCACUUGGAGGUGUUUGCUGCGGUGAAAGGGCUGAGGAAAGCGGACGCCACCAUCACCAUCACACGAUUGGUGGAUACCUUCAAACUGCACCAACAGUUGAAUGUUCCAGUGCAGAACUUAACGGCAGGAACCACCAGAAAGUUAUGUUUCAUGCUGAGCAUCCUGGGAAAUUCACCUAUCCUGCUCCUGGAUGAACCAUCGACAAGCAUGGACCCUACCGGGCAGCAGCAAAUGUGGCAGAUGAUCCAGACAACCAUUAAAAACACAGAGAAGGGGGCCAUCCUGAUCACCCAUUACCUGGCUGAGGCUGAGGCCAUUUGUGACCGCAUCGCCAUCAUGGUAUCUGGAAGGCUGAGAUGCAUUGGCUCCAUCCAACAACUGAAAAACAAACUUGGCAAGGAUUACAUCCUAGAAAUAAAAGUGAAGGAAACUUCUCAAGUAGUGUUGGUCCACACCGAGAUCCUGAAGCUUUUCCCACAGGCUGCACAGCAGGAAAGAUAUUCCUUCUUCUUGGCCUAUAAACUGCCCGUGGCGGAUGUCCACCCUCUAUCUCAGGCCUUUCGCAAAUUAGAGGCAGUGAAACAUAAUUUUAACCUGGAGGAGUACAGCCUCUCUCAGUGCACUUUGGAAAAGGUGUUGGUAGAGCUCUCUAAGGAGCAGGAGGUGGGAAGUUUCGAUGAAGAGGGUGAUACAACCAUGAGAUGGAAACUCCUCUCUCAGUCAGAUGACCCAUAAAGCCCAAAGCCCAGCCAGUCCUUGUCCAUGUCCUACAAGCUUAUGUUAUAUUACUAAUUUGCAAUUUGUAUAAUUUAAAAAUGGUACAUUUUGGUAUGUACUUAAUAGAUGAAUACAUUGUAAAAUCAUCCUCCCUGUCAAAUCUAGAGACAAUAGACAUUCUGGGAUAAAAGUACUACAAAGUAUUAAUGAUGUUAUCUGAAGAGCCAGACACUGGGUC